UUUAAAGAAGUAAAAGGGUGGUGGAGUGGCAAAGGCAUUAAAUAAGGAAUUGAAUUGAAUGAGAUGCAGAUUGAGUUGAUAGAGAAGAUGUCGGGGAAAGGAGCGAAGGGGUUGAUAACCUCUGCCACUGCCAACAUCAACAAAGACAAAGACAAGAAAAAACCCAUUUCUCGCUCUUCUCGUGCCGGUCUUCAGGUUCCAUUCUGUAUUCAUAAUCAUCUCAUUCCCCACAUUUCUAAUUUCCAUUUUCAUUUUUUACUUUUGUUCAAAUCUACUUUCCAUCUUGCUGUUGUACCAUUAAUCAUAUCGCUAUUUUAUUAAUCAUCAAAGUUUUUUGAAAUUUCAAAAUCUCAAUAUGUAACAUUGUCUAUUUUCCCCCAUUUUCUCGUUUUUGUGAAUGUUGUCAAUUGAAUUGGGCAAAUUUUCUAUGAAUGCUGCAUUUUCUCGUCUUGUAAAUGUACGUAAUGUGCAGUUCCCAGUUGGGCGGAUCCACCGGCUUUUGAAGUCGAGAACCACCUCGAAUGGCAGAGUGGGGGCCACCGCUGCUGUCUACUCCGCCGCGAUCUUGGAGUAUCUGACUGCUGAAGUAUUGGAGCUUGCUGGGAAUGCUAGUAAGGAUCUCAAGGUUAAACGCAUUACUCCCAGGCAUUUACAACUUGCAAUUCGGGGUGAUGAAGAGCUUGAUACUCUCAUCAAAGGAACCAUUGCUGGAGGAGGUGUAAUUCCUCAUAUUCACAAAUCACUCAUCAACAAGUCUUCCAAGGAGUAGAUGAGAUUACUUACUAAUGGAUUAUACUAUCGCUGCUUCAUGCAAAUUUAUUGUCUCUACUAAUUGUGAAUUUAUUAGAUUCUCUUUUUAAAACUCUAGGAC